AUGGAAUUUAUCAACUUAAAAGUUCCCAGCUCUGUAUAUUUUGGAGGAAGAAGAUAUCGAUUUGGAUAUAACUGGAAUUCAAGUAAUGAUGUGUGGACCUACGGACAGAUCCUCUGGACCCUCAUGUUCUCCAUAAUCAUCGUCGUGGCCAUCCUCGGCAAUACUAUCGUCAUCUGGAUUAUUCUAGCGCAUCGACGAAUGUGGAGUGUGACGAACUAUUUCCUGUUUAACCUAACUCUAGCAGACCUCAUGAUGGCAACCCUUAAUUGUAUACCCUCAUUUAUAUUCAUGAGGGACAGGGUGUGGACCUUAGGAUACAUCUAUUGUAAGAUCAACACCUUCCUCUCCUACGUAACAAUACCAGCUAGUGUCUUUACUCUACUAGCUAUAACCAUUGAUAGAAGAAAGGCUAUUGUGCGCCCCUUGGAGCCUAAAACGUCCCGGAUGAAAGUUUUGAUUACAAUCCUUGUCAUCUGGAUUCUUAGUAGCAUCAUUUCUCUUCCUCCUACACUCGUCGCUAAACACUUUCUUCAUGGCAGAUGUGGGAAGAAUUAUAUCUGUGUCCCAAUCUGGCCAUCGACAGAGUCAAUCGAUGCUUCUCAAUAUGAUCAUGUAUACAAUAUCCUGUUCAGCGUGAUCACCUACCUCACCCCUAUGAUAGGGAUGGGAAUAUGUUAUAAACAAAUCUGGAAAAAUCUCUGGGGUGGAGAGUGUAUAGGAGAAAUAAUGGUGCAUCCCGCCGUUCUGAAAUCUAGGCAAAACAAGAAAAGAGUUGUGAUCAUGUUUGCUGUUGUGAUCAGUAUCUUUAUGGUCUGCUGGCUCCCCUACCAACUCUACUUUAUCUUCCUCUACUAUAUUCCUUCCGUCAAAUACUUCAGAUAUAUCGGUGAUCUAUAUCUGUCCUUCUACUGGUUAGCAAUGGCGAACAGUUGCGUAAACCCAAUUAUUUACUAUUGGAUGAACUCCAGAUUUCGUGAAUACUUCAACAGUGUACUCUUCUGUUUGCCGCGUUGCUUUUACUGGAUAAAAGCGCGCAGUCUGCGUUACAAAGACGACCAAAAUCAAGAAACACCAAAAAUGCUCAGGCUGUGUGAAGAAAGGGAUACCGUAAAAUCUAGAAAAGGAGAAAGACCGAGACUACUGCUAAAGUCCAGUACUAAAGAAGCAUUUCUUGGCGAUACUCCACUCUGUGAGUUACAUCCAGUAUUUUCUAUCAGCUUGAGAGAAUCCAGAGAACCUAGAGAACUUGGAGAAUCUAGACAAUCAAGAGAAUCUAGAGAACCUAAAGAACCUAGAGAACCUAAAGAAUUUACAGAAUCUAGAGAACCUAGAAAGCCCUUCCUGCACCAGGAAACUGGUAUCCUAGAACCAGAAAUAUUACCAGCUACAGAGGUUCUCUUAUAAUCAGACCCCUGGGAACCAGAAUAUCAGAUAAAACCUUAAAUUUUAGUUCUCAAUAAAAUGAUUUCGAAAUUAGGAACAUAUUGUUCAAAUUUACAAACAUAUUGAUCGAAAUUACUUACAUAUUGAUCGGAUUUCCAUUUGUUCACAUUUACUAACAUACUGUUCGAAUUUACGAACAAUUGAACGAAUUUACUGCAUGUUUUUUAUUGUAUGAACAAAUGCUAAAUAUUUGUUUUACUUGAAAUACUUUCUUAUAAUUAAGUUUCUGUGGAUCUUCAUUAAGAACUUCAAAUUAAUGAGAAAUACCAGGUCAACAAAAAUGUCCUUCAAAAAUAAGCAUAUAAUUUAUGGGCU